UAAUCUGUCAGCUGAAAACUUUUAGUUCUCUCAGACCCUUAAUCGAGCUCAUCAGUCCGGAGUAUUAGAAUAAGGUAACGCCAUCUUUGGGGAAAAUGUCGAAGCGGCAUCGCAUAGACGUCGGUGACUCGUACAGCAGGAGAAGAGAUGAUGACCGAGACAAGAAGAGGGAAAGAUCACGGUCACCACACCGCACUGAUUCCAAAGAUGAAAAACAUAAAUCAAUAUUUGAACAGUUCAACAUUCCCAAACCACAACUACAGAUCAAUCCAUUCACAGGGUUACCACACACACCACGUUACUUACAGCUUCUUGCUAAAAGGAAGACAUUGCCGGUGUGGGAGUACAAAGAAAAGUUUGUAGAGGUGCUAAAUAAACAUCAGACACUAGUACUUGUCGGAGAGACAGGGUCUGGUAAAACUACACAGAUUCCCCAAUGGUGUCUAGAUUGGGUGCGGUUACGAUAUAACAAGAAGGGGGUGGCAUGCACACAACCCCGUAGGGUAGCUGCAAUGUCUGUUGCACAGCGUGUAUCCGAGGAAAUGGACGUCGGUCUCGGACAGGAAGUUGGUUACAGCAUCAGAUUUGAAGACUGCACAUCAUCAAAAACCAUUCUCAAAUACAUGACUGACGGUAUGUUGCUAAGAGAAGCUAUGUCCGAUCCACUUCUCGAGAACUACGGUGUUGUCAUAAUUGAUGAGGCUCACGAGCGUUCACUGGCUACAGAUAUUCUGAUGGGUCUAUUGAAGGAAGUUGCGAAACAGAGACACGAUCUCAAAAUUAUCAUUAUGAGUGCUACAUUGGACGCCGGUAAAUUUCAGAAUUAUUUUGACAAUGCACCAUUGAUGAGUGUUCCUGGAAGAACGCAUCCUGUGGAGAUUUUCUACACGCCGGAGCCCGAGAGAGAUUAUUUAGAGGCGGCCAUCAGAACAGUGCUACAGAUACACAUGUGUGAAGAAAUUGAGGGAGAUAUUCUUCUCUUUCUUACAGGACAAGAGGAGAUUGAUGAAGCUUGUAAGAGAAUACAACGUGAAGUAGACAAUCUGGGACCAGAUGUAGGAGACAUGAAAUGUAUCCCCUUAUACUCCACCUUACCACCAAAUCUACAGCAAAGAAUCUUCGAACCUCCACCCCCAAACAAACCAAAUGGAGCCAUUGGUAGGAAAGUUGUUGUCUCCACCAACAUUGCCGAGACCUCGCUGACCAUUGAUGGAGUCGUGUUUGUGAUUGAUCCGGGAUUUGCAAAACAAAAGGUGUACAACCCUAGAAUUCGAGUUGAGUCGUUAUUGGUGACUGCCAUUAGUAAGGCAAGUGCACAGCAGAGGGCAGGUCGUGCCGGGAGAACAAAACCAGGAAAAUGUUUUAGACUUUAUACAGAAAAAGCGUUUAAGCAAGAGAUGCAAGAAAACACAUAUCCUGAAAUAUUGAGAUCAAAUCUUGGUUCUGUUGUAUUACAGUUGAAGAAAUUAGGAAUUGAUGAUCUUGUGCAUUUUGAUUUCAUGGAUCCCCCAGCUCCGGAAACCCUGAUGAGAGCUCUUGAGUUGCUGAACUAUUUGGCGGCACUCGAUGACAAUGGUGACUUGACGGAAUUGGGGUCUAUGAUGGCCGAGUUCCCACUUGAUCCACAGCAGGCUAAGAUGGUCAUAGCUAGUACAGACUUUAACUGCUCGAACGAGAUCCUUUCUAUAACUGCCAUGUUAUCAGUCCCGCAGUGUUUUGUGCGUCCUACGGAGCUACGGAAGGCAGCUGAUGAAUGCAAGAUGAGGUUUGCCCACAUAGACGGUGAUCAUCUGACACUGCUUAACGUUUACCACGCCUUCAAACAGAACCAAGAAGAUCCGCAGUGGUGUUACGACAACUUUAUAAACUUCCGAUCAUUGAAGAGUGCGGACAAUGUACGUCAACAGUUGGCGAGGAUCAUGGACCGGUUCAACUUGAAGAGAAGCAGUACAGAGUUCACCAGUCGCGAUUACUACCUGAAUAUACGUAAAGCUUUGGUGUCCGGUUUCUUCAUGCAGGUUGCCCAUUUGGAGAGGACAGGACACUAUUUGACAGUAAAGGACAACCAGAUUGUGCAGCUCCAUCCAUCUACAUGUCUCGACCACAAACCAGAGUGGGUUCUUUACAAUGAGUUUGUGUUGACCACGAAGAAUUAUAUCAGAACAGUGACAGAUGUUAAACCAGAAUGGAUGGUACAGAUUGCCCCCCAGUACUAUGAUAUGUCUAACUUCCCACAUUGCGAGGCAAAGAGACAAUUGGAAAGAAUCAUCGCAAAAGUUCAAGCAAAGGGAUAUGAAUAAGGCUAUGUGUCAUGUGUCAAAGUCACUCAUUAUUUCAUUAAAAUUUCAUGCAUUAUUUCAUUAGUGACAUUAAUGACAUUGUCAAGGGCUUGGUCUGAGACAGCUGUAACUGAUAUAGGUAAAUGAUUUGUGGUACAUCAUGCCCUUGAUGUAGAAGUCAUUUUUUUGGGACCCUCAAUUUAGAUGGCUUUUAAGCAGUUUAGUAUUGUCAUGGUAUUUAUAAAUAAUGACUUUUAGAACAACAUUAGGCGGUUUUGAAUCAUAUUGUGGCUUAUAAUUUAAUUUUAUUCAUUACUGAUUGGUUUGAAAUUAAUGCUAAGAAGGAGGCGCCAUUAAAACUCAAAAAUUUCUUUUAUUUCAAAAUUAUGUUUCAGAAAAUGCGCAAAGACAAGAUUCUGAAGGCUAAGAUUUUCUAUAAUUAGAAUCGGCUUAUAAUUGUAGCUGAUUUUUUUUUUGCAAUAUUUCUAACAACAGUUGAUGCAAAUUUACUCUUGAAAACACAAACUAUUUCUCGUUUUCUUGGAAGAUUAGCAUUUUAUCUACCUGGCUUGUUUUUCUUCCUAGGUGGAUAUGAGUGUAUUUGUAAAAACAAUCGUCGGCUGUUUGUUGUUUUAACUACACCUAAAAUGUUGGGGGAUAUGGGUUUAAAAAUUUUUCUCUAGCAAAGCUUAACUGAAUUGUUAGGUUUUUUACGACAGUUAAUUGAAGUAUGAUUUUUAACUAGAAAUUGGCUUCUGACAAGGUUCUUUCACAGUUGACCUUGAAAAAGUACCAUACAAACAAGGAUUAUUCCAAACGUGUGUGAUGGGUCGCCAAUAUUUUUAAAGACAAGUGGUUCAACGUAUUCAUUGAUGUUCAACACUUCACUUUAUUGGUUUAUUGAUAUAAAGUUACAUGUUUAUUCUAGAAAAUGUUAAAAUUCUCAGAGAAAUUUAGGAGAGGUAAGUAUGUAGCGAGAAAGUGACCAUACAAAUAUGUCAAAAUAUAUUGAGAAUAUUUCUCUUCAUUUUGAAAAUCAGGAGUAGUGCACGCAAUGAUAAAUAUAAAAGGACUAUGUAAAAGUGUAAGAAAUUACUUUACAGUGCAUUGAUUGUAAAGUUACGGCACAGUAACCAGGCAUCAUGGUAUGAUUGACAAAUUAUUUUCUGUAUUUUUUUUUAUAGAUAAAUCAUUUACAACCAUCAUUCAUUUAUUGUUCAAUGUGCUAUUAUUAUUGUUAUGUUGUUGGAAUAUGUUGUGGCUCCAGUGGGAGGCUCUCUGUUUCUGUAUUUAUAUACAUGUUCAUUGCUGACUCACUGAGGCAAAACUAUUGUAAACUAUGGUUUUCUAAUUAAAAUGAUGAAAGAAG